ACACAGCAAUCGGGGAUGUGAGCAGAGACCAUGAGCCUAAGAGAUGGCAAGCCCAAGAAUUUUCCGGUGGGGAAGUGGGACUCACCUUGAACAUUGGGCCCUGGGUCUCUUCAUCAGAAAUAUGAAGUGGUUAUUUACUCAUGGGAGGGGAAUGAGGCAACUCGUGUAGCCCAGCGUGGCUUAACCCUCUCAAUUCCCACCUCUCUGUAAUGCUGAGAUUUACAGGCAUGCACCACAAGCCAGCCCAGAUAAGUAGUCGCAUCACUAGUUUUCAAGAGUGAAACAAUCCCAGAGGCUUGGCAAAGUCUGUUAGGCUCUGAAGCCUGGACAUUUCCCAGGCCUCGGGUAGUCCCUGUCUAAGGCGUGCAGAGGGAGCGCCCAAGCCUCCCUGGGCAGGAGCGGGUGGGAGCUACCAUAGCUUUAAAGGGCGGCUCUCUGGGGCUUCGCUUCGGGGCGCGCAGAGCUCAGCUGCCUCAGCAGGGGUCCCCGGAAGCGCCCUUGGUCAAGCUGCGUUGAGCAUCCUCCAGCAAAGGCGCAGUUGUUGGGCCCCGCCCUACUAAGGCACUGGGCCUGGAGGGGGGCUCCCCCGCGUCGCCGUGGAGAUGGCGCUGCACGUGCGGUGACGGCGCCCACGCCCCGAGGGUCCCAUCCUUGCGCCCCGCGUUUCUCUGAGGAGAGAGAGCAUGGAGCGCCCAGAGCCAGAGCUGAUCCGGCAGAGCUGGCGGGCCGUCAGCCGCAGCCCUCUGGAACACGGCACUGUCCUCUUCGCCAGACUCUUUGCCCUGGAACCCAGCCUGCUGCCUCUCUUCCAGUACAAUGGCCGCCAGUUCUCCAGCCCUGAGGACUGUCUCUCCUCCCCGGAAUUCCUGGACCACAUUAGGAAGGUGAUGCUAGUGAUUGAUGCUGCAGUGACCAAUGUGGAGAACCUGUCUUCACUGGAGGAGUACCUGGCCAGCUUGGGCAGGAAGCACCGGGCAGUGGGAACAGUGGGCGAGUCCCUGCUCCACAUGCUGGAGAAGUGCCUGGGUCCUGACUUUACACCAGCUACAAGGGCCGCCUGGAGCCAACUCUAUGGAGCUGUGGUGCAAGCCAUGAGCCGAGGCUGGGAUGGGGAGUAAGAGACAAGCCAAUGCUCCCACCUGUCCGUGUCUGUCUGCUGAUCUAUCUGUUGUGGCCUCAGCCCCUCCCCCAGGGCUUCUCUGCACUUUGGUCUUCAUCCCCUUGGCCAUCCUAGAGAGGUGAUUAGGAGAGGACUCCUACUAUCGAGAGGUGGUUUUUCCUUCUAGAGGGGCCUCUGGGUUCCCCUCAUCCUCACAGACAUACUCCUGCAUGCCUGGUUAGCUCUCUCCAUGAGGCCAAACCAUUUUGGUAGUGAGAUGGAAUGGGGGAGGGGGCAGUUCUUCUCAUAGAAGCCUCUGCCAAGGUGAUGUAAAGUGACUAGGCUUCUAGAACUUUCCGUCUUGCCUGCGCAGUGUGAUGCUUUCCUGUCAGGCUGUUUACUUUCCAAAAAUGAAGAGAAGGAAUGGCUUUAGGGUUUCUGAGGAUCUCAGGCAAGGGGAGCAGGGAAGAUGGUGUUCUUCAGUGGCAAUGGACACCCUGAGACUCAGCUGCUCAAUGCCCCAUAUGUUCUUGGUUCAGCAUUUCUGGUAGAAGCACCCCAUUAUUCUUUUGGGGGUACCCAUCUGGCCAGCCAGAAUGGAGAGACUAGUAGGGCAAGGAGGAGGAAUGACCUCAUCCAACAUGGCUCAGAGUACUGGGAUUCUUCCUGCCACCCUGUUCUAGCGGGGCUGAAGCUCUGCCUCUCCACGCUCUUCUGCUCUCUCACCACCACCACCACACGCCCCUGCUAUGGGCCCCUAACUCUGUGUUAAACACUUGAAGGUGGAUCUAUGCCUGGGCAGAGGAGGAGGAGAAAAUACAGUGGGCCCUUGUCUGCAUCCCAAGCCUCCCACACUUUCUUGACCUGUAAUGUGGUCUAUAA